AUGAAGAAAAAUGCAGAAGCCCCUGACAGACAGGGGAAAGUCGAAAAGAAAUGUAUUCAGGACAUGCUAAAAGAAAACGACUGCGAAACUCUGGAAGAGCUUAAAAAUUUAAUAACCUUCCUGAACAACGAAAAUAAAAGGUUGCAUUCAGUGAACAUUGAAUCGCUGAAAAAAAUAAAUAUCCUUACCGUCAGGGUGAGGAAUUUAGAAAGCUUAGCAAAAAAUUAUGAUAAGUUUUAUCAAAAUGGAAAAAGCUACAAGGACAAGUUAGAUAAGCUCAGUCAAAAAGUAAAUGUGCUCUUGGGUUAUGCAAAGGAUAAACAUAACGAGUGCUGCGAACUGAUCGGAGAGCAAGACAAGUACUUUAGAAACUUCUUUGCAAACCUGAAUAAAAUUAUCCAAUCGAUUGUUUUGUUGAACCCAGAUGGCGAACAAGGAGAAGGAAGUGCCUCUCCCCGUGCUAGCAACCCACUUGAUGGGGAAAGCUACCUCCAAAGGGAAAAGACAAAAGGGUCCUCUUCAGCCUGCACAUCUGACAAUGACCAAGACGACAACAAUCGAGGUUGCGCCAAUUCGGAAGAUGAAGAAAAAGAAAUACACAAAAAAUCGUCUAAUUAUUUAACCAUCACAAGGGAACGCACACAUAACAGGAUGAGCACGCAUGGUGAAACAUGCAACCAUCCCGAUAUGUGUCCACUUGAUGAGUUACGAAUGAAAGAGCAGGACAGGUGCAACGAAAGAAUUGAAAAGAUAAAAAGUUUAUGCGAAUCAUUCAGAAAUAUAGACAAUGAUUCUUCCAAAUCUGGCAAUUCCCAUGAAAGUAAAAAACCAAAUGAAAAAAUUCCCUUUUCGUCAAAGCAGAAAAAAAAAAAAAAAAAAAAAACAUUAGAUAGUCAGCUUGAUGAGCCAUUCCAUUCAGAAUUUGAAAAUGAAAAUAUGCAUAAGUAUCAAUUGGAGAAUGAUGAGGACAUCAAAUUUAUCCAAAGUGCAGAUAAAUGGGAUGGAAAAAUACGUGAAAAAGUAACGUACAAAAAAAUAAAUGGAACCAAAGUGGAUGUACGAAAGAGGCUGGAAGACAUUGAGGAUUAUGAUAAGGACAUAAAAAAAAGGUUAGACAAUUUGGUAAACGAUAUAAGUAGUAGUAAGGAAAAAAAACAAACUCACGAUAUGGCCGCAAAGAACACUUCCAAUAAAAUCCCAAGCGUUCAAAGCAAUAUUAUGGAUAUCUUAAAUAAUCGAAUGAGUAAGGCCUCCUUGGAGCAUAUCGAAAGUAGCAGUACUCCCAAGUACGUCAAAUAUAACACUAUACAUCGGGAAAUUAUGAAUCCACGUCAACACUUGGUUAAUCAGAACAAAAAUUCUGUUGAUCAUAUUAUUUGCCUGUAA